AUGUCCGCCGCUGAGUAUGUCGCCAUCGACGAGGAUCAACUGACAUGCGCCGAGACCAGCGAGGACCCGCUGGCGGGAGAGCCGGGUGCGGGCAUGGUGGCGGAACUUUGGGAGGCGCCAACCACCAUGCAAGCCGUGUACGAGGAGGGUGACCCCGUGAGCCAUGAAGUGCGGCGCACGGCACGGGCGGCGUGCGAAAUGCUAAUCGGAUAUGCACGCGUCACUAGCAUCAUUCCGCGUGACCUGUGCCACCUGUUCGACAUCUGCAAUCCGCUCAUGAUUGAGCGGAUGGAGCGGGCGAGCCCGCCCAUCAAUCUGAACGUGACCCCGGCCCCCGCAGCUACGCCGGGCGCAAGCUCGGCGCCCGACACCCCACGCCCGCGCGGCCGUGUGCUUCCUGGCUGGAUGACCCAGCCUUCCCGCCGCCAGCAGCUGCUGGAUGCCGGCGUGACCGCCGUGAUGGGCGGAUACACUGACGCCGCGAAGUGGAUGCGUAUGUGGUAG